UUGUUUAUAAAUAUGUGCAUGGGAGUUGCUAUCACCCUUCCCUGGUGUGUAGCUUAAAUUCAGGGUUGUUAAAGAUGCAAGAUUUCAGUGAUAUCUCCCACAAGAUCCUGGAGGCAGAGUAACCUGGGUAAUAACAAGCUUCAACCAAUUGAGAUUUCUUCCACUUAGGCAGAGGCUCUGUUUCCCUGAAAAGUUACUCCUCUCUGCCACACUGCUUAGCUAAGAAUUUAAGUCCACAGAAUUGCUUAACCCCUUAUUCUACUUUUUGGCUAAGGCGUCCUGGAUUGACUGCAUCUUAGUUUGAACAAAAUAAGACUGGUUUUAUCAUGAUGGUGAUGAGAGGGAUUUCAAUUGUCUACUAAAGGUUGGGAAGGAGAAGUAUAUCCUUUGUUCAUAUUCUGAAGAACGCUGUGGAACAUGGAGGCAUGAGGGGGGCUCCUGUUUUCCUUGCCAACACCCAGCUCUAAGGCCAAGGUUAUCGAAUCUCUCCUUCACCUUCUACUCCAGACUUGUAUACCUUUUGCUUUUCCACCCAAAGGAUGAUAAAAAUAGCAAUUCCCUCCAUAUAGCAGUGGCAUAUUUCCUUCUGUUUUUUCUUCUCUUUUUCCACCCGGGGAAGAGGCACCUCGUAGAAAAAGUGAAGUUUGGUAGUUGGCUUUGUUUUGAGGUAUCCCGUUUAUACUCCCUGCCGCGUCUCCCACCCACCCGCAUCUUUGGGAACACUGGGCAGGAAUUCGGGACUCUUUCGAAAGCGACAGCGCAUUUUGCCUGGACUGCGGUGUGUUCAGAAUUAAACCGGGUGCUUCGCGACUGUGGGAAUGGAACCUGUUCUUUCGGCUGAGCUUAACCUCCCUCCCGCCGUAAUUUUUUUCUUUGCUGGGCGGAAGCGAGCUGCCUCGGGUGAGGAUUUCCUUGGAUACUUGCUCUGCUCUCUUCUCUUCCCAGCUGUAGUCCGAGAGCCGCGGGUAGAUGUGCAGCCCUCCCGGGACCUAUGUCCGGGCAACCUUCGGCUGCCAGAGCGGGAUGCCCACGUGGGCCCGGAGAGUUUCCUCGAAUUGAGCCAAAAUGCAUCGCACCACCUGCAUCAAAAUUACCGAGCUCAACCCCCAUCUCAUGUGUGUGAUAUGCGGAGGGUAUUUCAUUGAUGCUACCACGAUCAUCGAGUGCCUGCACUCCUUCUGUAAGACUUGUAUUGUGCACUACUUGGAGAGCAGCAAGUAUUGUCCCAUUUGCGAUGUCCAAGUUCACAAAACUAGGCCUCUUUUGAACAUAAGGUCUGAUAAAACUCUCCAGGACAUUGUAUACAAGUUAGUACCAGGUCUUUUCAAAAAUGAAAUGAAAAGAAGAAGAGAUUUUUAUGCUGCUCAUCCAUCUGCUGAUGCUGCCAAUGGCUCUAAUGAAGACAGAGGAGAAGUUGCAGAUGAAGACAAAAGGAUUAUAACAGAUGAUGAGAUAAUAAGUUUGUCUAUUGAGUUCUUUGACCAAAAUAGAGUUGAACAGAAAGGAAGCAAUGAGAAAGAGAAAGCCAAAAAAGGGGCCAAAGAUAAAAGAUAUUUACGCUGUCCUGCAGCAAUGACUGUAAUGCACUUGAGAAAGUUUCUCCGGAGCAAAAUGGACAUACCAAAUGCUUUUCAGGUUGAUGUCAUGUAUGAAGAAGAGCCUUUGAAGGACUACUACACGCUAAUGGACAUAGCAUACAUUUACACUUGGAGAAGGAAUGGCCCCCUCCCUUUAAAGUACCGUGUGGGAUCGACUUGCAAGAGAAUGAAGAUUGGUGGCCAGCAGCAUGAUAGCUUGCACAAUACUGGGGAUCUGGAAAGUGACUCUGGCAGUGAAAAAGCCAGCAGCCCUGAAGGAGGCACUCUUUCCACUUCCUCCUGUGUACUCAAUCCCAGCACUCCUGUGCAGUCUCCCCACCCCCAGUUCCCCCACAUCUCUAGCACUAUGAAUGGAACCUGUGGCAGUCCCAGCAGUAACCACCAUGCCUCCUUUACCAACAGAACCCAAAAAGUGUCAGUGAACAGUUGCUCUGUGACUUCUUCUGGCUGACCUGCAUAAUCUCUCCUUUCUGAUUCUCAAGACUGGAUGCCAAGGUUACAGGAUAUAGUUUUUUUUCUGCCCUUCAGUCUAUAUUGCACCACACCAUUAAGGUUUAUAGUUGCAAAUUCCACAAGUGUCUAUGCCUGAUGGUUAAUAAGAGUAAUAAUGAUUAGAUAUUAAAUGGGUGGACAAGAGAUGGACUUUUUUAUAUUAAACAACCACUGCAGCAAACGAUUUCUUAAGGACCAGCAACAUUUAAAAAAAAUAAAACCAAUCCAGAUAUUUCUGGAGUAUUUUAUUUUUUACUUCCUCUUAUUGAUCUGUCUCCUGGUUUGGAGUCAAAAGUGUCCAUAAAUGGAUGGCUAUCACAAAUGAAACCCAACUGUUGUAAAUUCAGAUUCAUUUCCUACAUAUCUUUCAGAUUAUGAACUGUGGUUCCGCUGUUUUGUAGACUCAUUGAAAGCAAGUGCUUUUUUUCCCCUUCCCUUGAGAUGCAUAAAUGCCAGAUUGAAUAUGCAUAAAAUGCAUACAUGUAGCCACACCACUGUGAAUAACAAUGCAUUUGCUUUAUUAGCCAUUUUGAUUUGUAGUUUGCACCCAUUACUUUUCUGUGCAAUGACUGAAGCCAUUGAAAGACCAGAAAGGAAGGGGAAAGUUGUAUGGAAGAGGGGCAGUCCAAGUUCAGAUUUAAAGCGGGUAUUGCC